GGUCAAUCAUCACCAGGAACUUCGGAGGUCAAGGGUCACCGUGAACUUGCUGUGGGAGGGUUGAAGAAGCAACAACACUGUCAGAACAUGGAGUUUGUCCCGUAACAGCAAAAGGAUCGUACCGAUACACCAUGCUGCACAUUGCUAGAAUACAAUUCAGAAAAAUGAGCAGCCAGGCUCGACUGCUGGUGACUCCAGCCACAGCCCUGGUUGAUGACAAGGUGGACAUCACCGUGGAGAGACUGGCUCCCAGACAACCGGUCACCUUACAUGCACGACUGUUGGAGGGGACCGCCCGCUUCCAGUCAUACGCACAUUACAGGGCUGACGACACGGGAAGGGUUGUCGUGGCCAAACAGCCUUCGCUGGGAGGGCUGUAUACUGGUGUUGACCAGAUGGGUCUGUUCUGGAGCAUGCAGCCCUCACCUGGUCAGAAACCCGGACUCCGUCUCAGGAAGAAAGACGUCUCCACACCAUUCCUGGUAGACUUAAGUGUGCACGAUGGACACUUAGACAUGAUGGAGGAACAGAACCCUGCUGCCUUGGUGACAACACGUCUGGAAAGAUGGUAUCUUGGGAAAGGUGUGAAGAGGAUACCAUUAAGAGAAGGCCGUCUGAGAGGGGCUUUGUUUCUUCCUCCAGGUGAAGGUCCCUUCCCAGGAGUUAUUGACAUGUUCGGGUCCACCGGGGGUUUUGCUGACUACCGUUCAGCGCUGCUGGCGUCUCGGGGGUUCGCCACUUUAGGUUUGGCCUUCUUCGGUUAUGAGGAUCUUCCAAACGAUAUGUCUGACGUCGAUCUGGACUAUUUUGAGGAAGCUGCAGACUGGCUCCUUGCCCAUCCCAAGGUCCAGGGACAUGGGGUUGGGCUUGUCGGUACGUCGAAGGCAGGGGAGAUAGUCCAGGCAAUGGCAACGUACAUGAAACAGGUCUCUGCAGCAGUAGCGAUCAGUUCCUACAGUGCAGUAAGCUACGCACCUCUACCUUACAAGGACAUGGUUUUACCAUGUGCAAGGUGGAUGGCAGAUCAGAUUGUGUUCACUGAAGAUGGAUUUGCGAAUGUGCAAAACCAGCUAGAGGACAUCACUACAGAGCCUGGGAUUCACGCGUGCAUUCAGGUGGAGAAGUCUCACUGCCCCAUCAUGUUUGUGACAGGGGAAGAUGACAUCAAUAUCCCAUCUGUCUUCCAUGCAAACAAGGCCAUCGCUAGAAUGAAGGCUCAUGGGAAGACUAACUACACCCUACUGAAGUACCCUGGGACAGGUCACCUGAUCGAGCCGCCGUACACGCCUCACUGUGGCUUCUACUUCCACUCGGCCUUUCGUGUUUACGUGUAUGCAGGUGGGGUACCAAAGGCACACACUGCUGCUCAAGAGGACUCCUGGUCCAAGAUUCUGGACUUCUUGAGGAAAAAUGUAGACAAAUGUGAAACAAGAAGCAAGCUCUGAUACCUCUGCAUUUUUGCUCACAUUGCAAAAUUGCUUCUGAAUGACUGAAAGGCCAGUAUUUUAGAUAUGUGGAAUCAUUUGACUGUAAGUCAGACAACUGACCUCAACAGAUACGGGUGUAAUGAUGUAACCCAUAGCUGUAAUCUAGGUACAGUCAAACCUGGCCAUGGUGCAAGGAACAACCUACAGUCACAUUUGGCCACAUUUAAACAGUCACUUCCAAUUGUACACACUGAGCAAUGGCUUAUUCCCAUUAUUCCAUCUUCCCUGUCAGCCUGUAUGAUUAUUAUUGAGCCCAACCGAUAAAAAAUCCUGUUACCAUAUACAUGAAGCAAUCCAGUCAACCAACACAUCUAGUCAACCAUCUAGGGUCUUGCCUCAGCAACCACUUUUGCUCAGUCCCUUUAGUGGUUUCUAAGACCAGGUUUGACUAUAUUCUCUAAAAAGUAAAUGGUGUUGUGUUAGUCUUUGUGCCUUUUGAUAUGGCUAUAUAUUAUUGGUAAACUAUUCUUAAUGUACAGUAUAGACUAAAAUCUGUUUUGACAAUUUGUGAUAAAACAAAGAUUGUAUAAAGCUAAAUAGAAAAUGUGUGGUAGUAGAAGUAUUGUUGGAGAGUGUUAACACCAAUGACAGUUAUGAACAGCACCAGCCUAAUGCUGUCUUGUUGAAAUUUAAAAAAAAUUAUUUCCAAGUGUUAAUGUAUUUAUUCAUUAUUGAUAACAACAUAUCCACAAGUCUGUCUACAGAUAUGUCACCACUUUCUGUGUCAUGUAUGUAUGUAUGUAACCUACAAUGUAAUGUAUUCUGAAACUGACAAAACGUGGUGUUGCUGUUGAUAUAUAGUUACUGUAUAGAUAGGGAGUUAUAGUCUGAAGUUCUGACCAUGGAACAGAAUAGAAGAUUGAACACCAGAUGACAACUGGGGUAAAACAUCUGCCUUAAAAGUUUUGUUUUGUAAAUAUAAUUGUGAUAAUUCACGUCUGUUUUAG